ACAUUCCUUGGCACCUUCUACAACCAAGGGACAUUGGGACCUGGAUGCCUUGAACUCUCAGCCUGGAACCAAACCACAGGAACAUUUUUUCUGUGUGCUGGACUGCUGGGGCCUUCCGGAAUUCAGGUGAUUGGCUUGUUUCUUCCCCGCUCCAAGGUUUCCUCGUGCUAGGGGCCGGUAUCUUCUCUCUCUGGUGCCUUGUUCUGCUUCUCCGUGUUCUUUGCUUGUGUUCUUUAUGCGGCAGGCUGCCGGCACCACCUUGGAGGCAGCACAAGUUUCUCAUUAUACCUUUUUUUCUGUUUUCAGGAGUAAUUUGUUUUCUUUUCUACAAUGUGAUUAGGCUCUUCGAUGCAGCUGCUCAUUGUUAAAUGUUAAUGGCCCGUAAUAAUUACUAGGAGGUUGCCUAAUGGCACACUCUUCAUUUUCUCUUUUCUUGUUGAGCAAGGAGAUCGGGGGAUAGUAUACUUAGACUUGACUUCAUUUGCUUCUCUUUCUUUGAGAAACACCAACACAAUGGCAAAAGAAUUUCUGUGGUUUUGAUUACCCUUGCUUGCUCAGAUCGGAUGCUCAGGUUCGAUGUUGGAGAUUUUCGGGUUGCUUUCUUAGAGGUAGUAGUAGCUUCUUUCUUGCUCCAAUUUUGCCCCACAGCUCAAGGCGCUGCUGCUAUAACUUCACCCAAGAAUCCUACGAUUUUAUUAUGCAUUCCCCGCCAAAUGUCGCUCCUGCUCCUGAUCAGUUCCUGCUCUUCGUUUCAUCUCCUAGUGUACUCGGGGUAACAGAGCUGAUUUGUUGAUGAGCAAUCGGAUCCAGCUUGGCUAUCAUCGUCACAGUUCACCUUCACCAGCAAGCAUGUCGUCGUCCUCGCUGCUGUCGAAGCUGCGGUUGGUCACCGUGGACGUGACGGGGACCCUGAUCGCCUACAGGGGCCAGCUCGGCGACUACUACUGCCUGGCGGCCAAGUCCGCCGGGAUGCCCUGCCCGGACUACGCGCGCGUGCACCAGGGCUUCAAGCUCGCCUACGCCGACAUGAGCCGGCGGCACCCGUGCUUCGGCCACGCCGCCGCCAUGCCGACCGCCGAGUGGUGGAAGGCGUGCGUCAGGGACUCCUUCGCCAGGGCCGGCUACGACUACGACGACGGCACGUUCGAGAGGAUAUUCCGGCGCAUCUACGCCACGUUCGGCUCCUCGGCGCCCUACUCGGUGUUCCCGGACGCGCGCCCCUUCCUGAGGUGGCUGCGGGGCAGGGGGCUCGCCGUCGGCAUCGUCAGCAACGCUGAGUACCGGUACAGGGACGUCGUCUUGCCGGCGCUGGGGCUGAACCAGGGCUCGGAGUGGGACUUCGGGGUGUUCUCCGGCGUCGUCGGCGUCGAGAAGCCGGACCCGAGGAUCUACGAGGCGGCGCUGGAGGCGGCCGGGGGCGUGGCGCCGGCGGAGGCGCUCCACAUCGGCGACAGCCUGCGCAAGGACUACGCCCCCGCGCGGAGCCUCGGGAUGCACGCGCUGCUGCUGGACAGGUUCGGGACCGCCGAGGCGGAGAGCUGGCGGCGUUCCGGCACGCCGGUGCUCCCGGACCUCGCCGCCGCGCGGGAGUGGCUCGCCGGGGAUGCCAAGGAGGAAGCUGCGGCGCCUGUGACGGCCAGGUGAAGUGUCCGGAAGGGAAAGGAGAGCAUUUGAAGAUUGAAAUGCUAGCUCGUGCCUGGCAAGCAUGGCGAUUCCUGCUGCUAUGACGGUAUGGAAGGUGCUGUGAGGCACAGAGAAUGGUUGGCUGAGGGAGAGUGAUUGUUCUUCGCUGAUGGUCUGUUCGGCUGGACUUAUAAGCCGACUGAAAAGUUGAAACAGCUGAUUUAUUGUGAGAAAAAAAUACUAUUUGGUAGCUGAUAAGCUGAAGCGAACAGAGAGUGAUCCUGCGACUGCAAUGAGACCCUACACAAUUGACACAUGGAUUCACGUAGAAACGGCACCAUUUUUCAAGUGAUUUUGAAAAAUUCAUAUACUCCAAAAAGACCCAAUAUUUGUUUUC